AUGCACUCAACUCUCGUGCCAACUAUGCCUAGCGUUGGUCGUGUCCUUUUGCUUUCGCUGACGCUAUUGUCGUCCAGCUUGGCCUUGCGGUGUCGACUGUUCCAUGAGAUCUGGGAAGACGGACGUCUUCUCAGCAUCACUCCGGACACGUGCCACUCGUCAAAGUACUGCGUGGCUGCCCGUUACACCGAUCCUGAUUCAACCAAGAAAAAUGGCUACUCCAUGGGUUGCGACCGUGUCGAUUGCGGCAGUAUUGAGAUCAUCGGCUUCACUGGCUGGCGUCGCAAGUCGAACGGCAUGACCUGUCGGAAAAGCCGAGACUAUGGAAAAGACGGCGAAAUCUGCUGCUGCACCACGGAUAUGUGCAACGGUUCCACUCCUCGUUUUGCUUUACUUGCCUCUGUUCUCAGCUUCUUUUUGAUUGUUCAUGUUUUAUGA